UUGAAAUCACCCGAUUGCUGGAAAAGCAGACGAUCCCUUUUUAAUUUCUCACCCCAGGAAUGCCAAGCCCACCAAAGGCCUGGUGAUACAAAAGCAAUAGGAAAUAUAUGUUGACGUCUGGGAUUAUAAAACUCGUGUUUGGACAAGUCCACUUGAGCAGGAGAGCAGGGAAAAAAUACCUCGAGGGCAGAAACGUGGAGGCAGGAGAGCCACUGAGUUAGCCUUCAAAUAUGUGGACCGUCCAGGUUGCUUGUCUUAGAUUUCCGUCUUGUCUGGUCUCACCCAGUUGUUUGUGCUUCUGUGUGUGUGUGUGUGUGUGUGUGUUUGUGUGUUUGUAAAGAAUUAAAUUGAGGAUCUGAACGGGGCGGGCCUUUGAGUUUGAGGAAGUCUCUCUCUGUUUCCUUCGGCUGCUUCUUCUCUUUUGGGCAGUUUCUGCUUUCCUGUCUCGAUGCUGGGACAUCCUUCACAAUUCGCAUGAGCCCAACGCAUCGGAAACCACGCCCACAUGGAGACAUUCAGCUCCCGCAACCUGGCCCUCCAAGCCGAGAAGAAAAUCCUCAGUCGGAUGGCCAGCAAGUCCAUGGCCAACAUGUUCAUCGAUGACACCAGCAGCGAGAUCCUCGAUGAGCUCUACCGCAUCUCCAAAGAGUACACCCAGAACCGGGCAGAGUCCCAGAAGGUCCUCAAGAACCUCAUCAAGGUGGCCGUCAAGAUCUCGGUCCUGUACCGCAAUAACCGCUUCAGCGAGGAGGAGCUGGGUUGGGCUGAGGCCUUCAAGCACAAACUCCACCAAGGUGCCAUGACUGCCAUCAGCUUCCACGAGGUGGACUUCACCUUCGAGAAGGCCGUCCUGGCCGAGAUUCUUCAGGAAUGCCGGGAUUUGCUGCUCAAGCUGGUGGAGAAGCACCUGACUCCCAAGUCCCACGGGAGGAUCCGCCACGUCUUUGACCAUUUUGCCGACCCGGAGCUCCUCGUUCGAGCCUACAGUCCCGGAGAGCCUUACCAGCCACACUUAAAGAAGAUCUGUGCGGGGUUGAACCGGUUGAUCGAUGAAGGAAGACUGUGAAGCCCAUCCGGAGGAGAAGAACAGGAGGGAAACGUCCCAUGUUUUUUAAUCGGCUCAGUUCUGUGGGCUGUGGACAACAUUAAACUGUACGGGGACGACAUAGCUUCAGUUUAGCAAUCCUGAUGGGAAGAAUAGCAUCUUCUAUAGCCAACGUUAUGGGGCAAAUCCUCUUUGUGACCACCACAGAACCCAGCCAGUAGUGCCCAGAGAAUUUGGGAAUUUGUGGUUCCAACAGAAGUAUCCCUCCAAACUAAACACACUUCCCAACCUCGCUCCUUUGAAUCCCCAUUGUGGGUUUGACAUUGUCCGUAAGGAUUAGAAACUUGGUCCUGAAUGCUUGCUGUUGGGAUUAAAGACAGCUCAACUUUCCAAA